CACCCUCACACACACACACAGCAUCUACUUUGUUCACACGCUCCCUCCAGAGAGCCUCCACCCCCGCUCCGCGCUUCUCCAUCACCGCGUCUCUGCCCCGCGCGUCCGCCGGCUGUGCGCACUACCAGCCCUUGCCCGAUCCGGAGCUCCAACCGGGACUGCAUUUCAACUGAAACACCCAUUGGACUUGACACAAGGAUAAAGUAGCAAUAUGUCCUGUGAAAUCAUGGCGGGUAUGAAGCUGUCGGACGAACAGGUCCAAGUGCUGGAACAGAGUUUUAAAGUGCACAGAUAUCCGGACGAGACAUCGCUCAUGUUGGUCGCUGCGGAGUGCGGGCUGACAGAGGAGGAGACAAUAAAAUGGUUUAAGCUGCGAAACGCACAGUGGAGGCAGGCGGAGGGUCUUCUAGCCGACCAGGGGAAGGUGUUCGACUGAUGAAUCUGCCGGAUCCCAGCCCUGACGCUCUGCCCUGACGUUGCUUCCUCUCUUGGACGUACUGACCCUCCCGCCCUUCCUCAUUUGUGUCCAAAUCUGUCUCUUUUGUAUCUAUAAAGCUAUUUUAACUUACUGUACGUAAUGUGAAGGUGUUUGUGUGUUGUUGCCAAUAUAACCGCCAUGUUUACAGAAAUAAAGAUAUAAUUAUUAUGUGUUUAAA